CGUUAAUCGAAGUUUUUUUCGUGCAGUACAGUAAAAAUACGUCAAUCAAUCAAAUGGUUUAAUCAUUUUUUUAUUUUUCUAUCUUCUUCUAUAUUAUAUUUACAUAUUUUUCUUUUCGAAAAAUAAUAUGGAUGCAUCAUUUUCUUAUUUCUAAACUGAACUAAUAUUUAUAGGACAGUGCUCUAUUGUAUACAAAACCCUUAAUCAUGUUGUCGCGUAAAAUUUAUUAAUUGCUUUAAAUAAUAAUAUAUUAAACAUAGUUCAACUUGUAAACAUGAAUUUCGAAGAUAGUGCAAGUAGUGGAUAUGUCACGGCGGAAACCAUAUACGGGACCCACGAAGACUCACACGUUGUGAUGUCGGAGAAGGUACAGACCCUGGCUGGAAGUAUUUACCAAGAAUUUGAACGUAUGAUAGCGCGAUACGAUGAAGAUGUAGUGAAGACGUUGAUGCCAUUGCUGGUUAAUGUUCUUGAGUGUUUAGAUUCUGCAUAUCAAACCAACCAGGAGCAUGAGGUGGAGUUGGAAUUAUUGCGGGAAGACAACGAACAACUGGUCACGCAAUAUGAACGCGAGAAGGCGGCGAGGAAGCAUGCGGAACAGAAGUUACUUGAAGCUGAAGAUCACUAUGAAGGCGAGAGAAAAGAUCUCACAGGCAGACUUGAGGCACUUGACAGUAUUGUCCGCAUGCUUGAGUUGAAGCAUAAGAAUUCUUUGGACCAUGCCAGCAGGUUAGAAGAACGGGAAAAUGAAUUGAAAAAGGAAUAUGCGAAACUUCAUGAACGGUAUACUGAGCUAUUCAAGACACAUAUGGAUUACAUGGAGCGAACCAAACUGCUGCUCAGCACCGCAAGUGACCGCAGCGAAGUCCGUGGUAGGCUUGGCCUAAAUCCCGUUGGGAGGUCUAGUGGUCCUAUUUCGUUUGGGUUUGCUUCUCUCGAUGGUUCUGUCAAUGUUGUUGAGCAGACGGAGAGUAUUCCUGGCAGUCCAGUGAGCCUCUCGUCGUCGCCAUCAUCACCACCUAUUGGCUCUGAACUAGCAGCAGUAAGGACAGUUGAGCGGGCUCACCAAACUGACCCUAUUACACAGCAGAGCCAGGCCACUUCUCCAGUCGCACCACCGACAUCGAACACGGGCAAGUCGCAAACCAAGAGCGAGAAGCGAUGCGGCAACACGCUGUACCAAGAGCUGGCCUUCCACGACACCGACGCGACAAUGGUCGACGGUGAUGAUGGCGGUGAUAUAACCGGCAGCUGGGUGCACCCGGGAGAAUAUGCGUCGUCAGUUAACGAUAAUUAUUUCGGAAUGGGGAAGGAAGUCGAAAAUCUUAUCCUGGAGAACAACGAACUUUUGGCCACCAAAAACGCGUUGAACGUGGUCAAAGACGAUUUGAUUGUAAAAGUUGAUGAAUUGACCGGUGAACAAGAAAUACUAAGGGAGGAGGUGGCUAACCUCAGCUCCGCCCGGGAGAAGCUGAGAGAACGUGUCACCCAAUUGGAAGACGAGCUUCGACAUCUGAAGGAGACGAUGAGCUCGAACGCCGGCGGUGGGGAUAAUGAGGAUGAAGCGGACGUGCCGAUGGCGCAGCGGAGGAAAUUCACUCGCGUCGAGAUGGCCCGCGUGCUUAUGGAACGGAAUCAGUACAAGGAACGUUUCAUGGAGCUACAGGAUGCUGUCCGCUGGACGGAAAUGGUGCGCGCGAGUCGCGUCGAGUCGACCAUGGACAAGAAGAGCAAACAGAGUAUCUGGACUUUUUUCAGUAAACUCUUUAGCACGGAGCGGCCGCAGCGGCCGCUAUCGACGCCGCACCUCAAGGCGGUGGCGGCGCCGCAACCGCCGCUGCGUCACUCGCGAACUCAAGCGGACUUCCUCGAGACGCAGCUGUCGGAUCAUCACCAUAGACGGCAGGAGAGAAGCGAGCAGUUUCGCCAGGUUCGAGCGCACGUGCGGAAGGAAGAUGGCCGCACACAAGCCUACGGUUGGAGUCUGCCCGGGAAAAGCGGUCAAGGACAAAAAGGUCCGAAUGUGUCAUUAUCAUCCGGUGGUGUUCCAGUCCCAGUGCCGGUAUUCUGCAGACCCAUCGCUGAAGCAGAACCUCGUAUGACACUACUCUGCGCUGCGGCAGUGAACUUGAACGGCGGGAAGUCGCCAGAUGGCCGUAACAUUGGCGAUAGCGUUACUAUGUGUCUAGCAUACGAAAUGAGUAAAGCGCAAUCAGCUGGUUCGCCGGAAAUAGAGCAAUUAAACUCCGAACUGCAGUCAACCCACAUCGUCGACAACACCGAGAAAAACAUGUCUUCGUUAGUAUGGAUUUGUUCCAGCACACAGACCAAGGGUAUUGUUAUGAUAAUCGACGCCAAUAAUCCGGCUGAAGUGAUAGAAUCGUUCACGGUUAGCGAUAAACACAUUCUGUGUGUUGCAUCUGUGUCCGGCGCGGUGGAAGAGGACCACCAUGAGUAUGAGGAAAGGAUGACCGAAAAUGAAACUAAGAGACAUUCUGGUUCGUUAUUCUGUGUCAGUAAGAGUGAUUCGAUGGAGAGUCAGAACAACGGCUUGCCAAUAACAGCCACUAGCAGCAGCUCUGGUGAGAAUGGUGGGAAGGAAGUCGUCGUUGGCAGUACACGUUUGGUCCAAGCAACGAUUCUCACGCCGCCCAGUACUCCGGCAAAGGAAACGCCGCCGCCGCUCAACGACCAGCCGCCGAAGGAAUCGGCCAUAGACAACAUAGAGGACGCCGAUACUAUUGUCGCUGAGAGUCCUCCUCUAAGCUCUACGCCCGUUAAUAAUACAGAAAGACGAACUUCUCCAGAGCCGGGUGUUGACGCGUUUGCCCAAGAGCAGUCGAACGCCGAGAGCCGAGACGUGCCGCAGGAACGCAUUACUACGGCCACGCCUACUAUGUGGCUCGGUACUAAAAGUGGCAACUUGUACGUGCAUUCCGCUGUGUCGGAUUAUAGCAAAUGUCUAGCCAGGGUGAAAUUGAACGACGCGAUCCUAUCUAUAGUAGCCUGUUGGUCCCGCUGUAUAGUGGCACUGGCUGAUGGCACAGUGGCCAUAUUCUCGCGGCUCGCGGAUGGCCAAUGGGACUUCUCGCAAUAUCUUCUUAUGGUGCUCGGUGACCCCAAGUGCUCAGUGCGGUGCCUGAGCGCGGUGGGCAGCGGCACGGUGUGGUGCGGGUACCGCAACAAGGUGCACGUGAUCGAGCCGCGUGCCGGCGUGCUGCUGCACUCGCUGGAGGCGCACCCGCGGCAGGAGAGCCAGGUGCGCCAGAUGGCGUGCGAGGGCGACGGCGUGUGGGUGACAAUCAAAAUGGACUCAGCCCUGCGUCUGUACCACGCGCAUACAUACCAACACUUGAAGGACGUCGACAUCGAGCCGUAUGUAAGCAAGAUGCUCGGAACUGGGAAGUUGGGAUUCUCGCUCGUGAGGAUCACGGCAUUGCUCAUUAGUUCUGGCAGAUUGUGGAUCGGCACCAGCAAUGGAGUCGUUAUAUCUGUGCCGCUUUCCGAGAAUCAAAGGGACGCAAACAGAUCGACGAGUCCAGCUGGCGUGAUUCCAUUGUGUUCGAUGGCGCACGCGCAGCUCAGCUUCCACGGGCACCGGGAUGCGGUGACGUUCUUCGUGGCGGUCCCCGGGGCUGGGUCCCCGCGCACCCCGGAUUCCCCGGACCAGGGUCCCACACCGCCCCCCACUCUUGUCAUAUCCGGGGGAGAAGGGUACAUCGACUUUAGAAUAGCUGAUUCAGAAAUGGAGGACAGCGUGGUGGUGGCCGAGGACGGGUCGUCGAGUGGGCACAGCUCGCUGGUGGAUCGCGCGACCAAGAGCCACCUGAUAGUGUGGCAAGUGGCCACCGCCUAACGCACGGCCGGCCGCGCACGCGUCGACUCCGAGUCGGACUACGUGUACGUGUGCGUGUCCGACAAGCCGGCGGUCACGUACGACUCGUACGCAGUCUAGGGUGCAUGUUACGUACGUUGCGUGUUCGUUGCUCGUCGUUGAUACGUUUGGUUUUGGGAUUGAGGUUUACGUGUAGGUACUCUCCAUUAGUUGUGGUUUUUUAUGAAGUAUUAGAUGUUUUCAUUUUUUUUUUCGUUUUGGUCCACGAAUUGUGUUUUAAUCGAACGCGUAUCAACGAUAAGUGUCCCGAAAGAAUCCGCUCCGCGUAAUGUGUUCGUCUCUCGUCUCGUCACAGUAAACGUUUUAGAACUUCCUGACGCAUUAGUGCACGGCCCAUGGACAUUAACUAUUCCUAAUCGUUUUGCUAUCGUUUGUGCUUUCAUUGCGCCGAAUCACUAAUAGCGCUUUGUUUUUAGAUUAUUUUCUUUGUAUUAUAUCGCUCACCUAUUUAAACGCAUUCGGUGUACAAAAUGUUAAGAAAGAUGUAUUUGUUUAUUAUCUAUUAAUUAAUAAAUUUAAUCUCAUUUAGUAAUAAUGUACAAGAUAUAACCACCAAAUAAUUCAUUUUAGUAGAUCUAGAUAGUAGAUAGCUUAGUUCUAUUAAUGAAAUUUUUUGUGUAUUGGUAUUAGUGUGAAUUUCUCAUCUAUGUAUAAGGUAAUCGUACGGGCUGUGGUUGUCAUCUGCAUCACAAUUAUUGUAGUAGUUAGUUAAAGUAAGCAAUAUAAGAUGAAUUAUACGCGGCUUGUGAUAUUUACCGUCGGAAGGAAGCCGGUGUUGUGUUGUUUACAAAUGUAUUCAUAUUUGACCAGCAAACCCGUUGAUUCUAUAGGAUACUAUCUCGAUAGUAAACUAUAUAUUAUAUUAUUUUCAGUCAUAUAACAGAAGCACAAAAGUCUACAGCUAUAGUUGAUUCCGUCUUAUGAUAAUGUAUAAGUUACCUACAAGUUUGCUGGCCUCGUUUGUUUAGUUACUGUACUCGUCCAAUGGUGCAAACAUUAUUUUAAGUGUAAUAUUAGCAUAACUUGUGCUAUCUCCGCGUCGUAAGCAACACGUCGCUUUGGUAAUUAUUAUUAUUUUUUUUUAAUUAUAAAUUUUAUUUACACUUAUUUAUUUACUGUUUUACUGAAAGGGUUCCGAUGUGUCGAUUGAAUGUAUCGAAAUAUGUAUUAUUAUAUAUAGUGGUGCUGGUUUAACGAUUCCACUCCAGCACGUUCUGCUAUCAAACCUAGUCAGAUUUAAACGACUUAGGAUAAUUAGAUAAGCUUAUAUUGUUUGCGGAUUACAAGCUAAACAAAUGCCAAGGAUUAUAUUCAAGGAUUGCCAUCACACGGCGCAAUUAUGUAGCGGGCAUUAUUUAGUUUGAUUAUGCUAUAUAGAUUUAUAGUUAUGUAAUUGAUAAAUAUGUUUAUGAAAUUAUAUAUAAUCACAUUUCAUUCGAUUGGCUUCGCACGUCUUUUUCUGAGCCAUUGUUAUUGCUCAGAUGUUUAAAAAUCAUGAAUAAUGAAUCUGUCUUCUUUAUUGAGAUUCUAAUAUGUACGACUGAAUUAAAAUCUUACGAAACCAAUUGGCUUGUCACGAAUUAAAUUGUUUAAAUCGAUCUAACCUCCUUUAUUCGAUUGCGUUCUUUCGUAAUAUAUUUGUACUUACGUUUUGCGAACCUAAUACUUUGUGUGCAAUCGUUUUAGAAAAAUCGAGAUUAUUUUAGGUUUAAGUAUUUUCUUUAAUUGAACUCUAUGUACAAAAGAUUAAUUGAAGUUUUUUUUACAUAUUUAUUUCCUUUAGUUAACUCAAACAUUGUAUACAUGACAUUAAAUUGUGUUAAAUAUUAGAUAAAUUUAUGAAAUCGAAAUGUAAUUACCGUAAAAAGUUUACGUCGUUUGUAAUACGCAAUCCAAUAAAAUGCUGCU